AUGGCUGCGCGUUUCCCCUCACCCUUCUUUUGGUCUCUGCCCCGUUACAACACCCCCAAAGCGCAGUCCCACACGAGCGUACGGAGGCAUAGACGCUUCCUCGUACUUGUCGACAACUUGCUUGCCCUCGCUUCGUACUUCGCCGCAGCUUCAGCAGCAACCAACUCGUUGCCGUUCAUGUUACCCAAGCUCCACUUGGAUGGCGCGCUCAACAAGCGCACCUUCAACGUGCAGGAGCGGAUGUCAGAGGAGAGACAACCAGGGAUGUACUCCCCCCGUGUGGCAUCCAGUCAGCCAACGAAAGGCUUAGGCGUCCCUUCGCAGAUAGACAGCGCCACCUCGGCCCAUUCAUCCUCCUCAUCGUUUAGUGCGCCAGCCCAUACCGGGCCGUUGUCGUCGCCGCACCCGCCCCCGCACGAAAUCUCUCUCCUGGAGGAUGGGGCAGUGGGCAUCUCCGACCCGGAAAUGGCAGCCAUUCUCGCUGCCAAGUCGCGCCACAGCUCGGGUGAGCGCUCUCCACCGUUGGACAGACUCGGCAGCAUCGGCGGUGGGAUGGGUCCAGGAGGCUACUCACAUCCGAGCAAGCGCCGCGCCGCACCCUUCGCGACGUUGGUCGAUCAUCAGCAGGCGCGACAAGUCGUACCUCAACACGCCAAGGACGGCGACGUUACAGCUGGGAAAGCCUCAGACUUAGAAAGAGACGAAGAUGGUCGUGUCUCUGAAGGUGCCUCCCCUGUGCCAAGGGUGGCCUCUACCCAUCCUCGAAUGGUGAAGUGUCGAGCGACCUCUCCAUCUACGUCCUCGCGCGCCUCAGGCAGGUCCACCUCUGCAGUCGUAGAGGCUAGUCUUGGGGCCACGAGCUCGUCUGCGCCGACACCAAGCGCCAUCUCUAUCAUGACGGCCGAGGAGUUGUACAUACUCGGUAAGCCGUUUCAAGCCUACAUGAGCACUCUCUCUACACGACCCUCAUCAGGAGACACACCGGCGACACCCACAUCCACGAGCGGCAGUGGUGCCCCCGCUGCCAAAGCCACCGUCGCGUCUGGUACGCACAUCACAACAGUUUUUCGCCAUAACCCCUCGCAGUACAUUUCUGCUCUUGCCAACCAAGGCGACUUUGUCGCGGUGGGUGACCGCACCGGGCGUGUCGUAGUGAUGCGCCAGCGCGCGAUGGCGGCUGGACCACGUCGCACUCUUCUCGACAUCAUCCAACGCAGCGGAGAGGCCGAAGAGAGCGAGGCUGCCAAGCGUCACUCCUCGAGCGCGUCCUCAGCCUCAUCGCCGUCCUCCACACCUCGCCAUGCUACCACCCUCAAUCACGUGCGCGACCCGUACGACUUCUACGUCGCCCAGCAGGCCUACGUGCCUGUGAUCGAUACACUGAGCAGCGUUGAGGUGUCGCCGACGGUGAUGGCACUGGCGUUCCUGCCGCAGUCCGGCCCCACAACCUACCUCCUCACGGCGAACGAGAAGGUGCCGAAGCUCUACAAGAUUAUGUCUGUACGGGAGUCGGCCAAUCCCUUCCGUGCGGUAGACAAGAUCGGUACCAAGUCGAUUGGCCCACUGACCGCGAGCUCACGCAUGUCUACGGUGACCAUGAAGCCAGUUUCUCGCUACGCUAUGAACCACGAGUACAACAUUAACUCCAUCUGCCCCAUCGCGUACAGCGAUCAGUUCGCGACCGCCGACGACGCCACGGUGUUACUGUGGUGUACCGAGUACCCCGACACGUCGAUUGAGACCCACGACUUGCGUUCCCCCUACGAAGACGGCCCACGCGAGACGAUUCGCACUCUCCGAAACUUCCCUCACGAGCCGUUUCUUUUCUUUGUCGCCACCUCCGGUGGCAGCGUGCGUGUCGUCGAUACGCGACAGACACUUCGGUGGGCCGGUCAGGCGGCGCAGGCGUUUGUAAACCCACCGCGUGAGGAAGACGGGCCCUUCAGUAACGUUACGAACAGCGUCUGCGACUGCGCCCUCAGUCCCUCUGGGCGGUACAUUGCCGGUCGCGACUUCAUGUCCGUCUGCUUGUGGGAUAUCCGAAUGGCUGGCAACGGUGGCGCGCGCAACACGCCAGCAAGCCCGCGUCGGCAGCCCCCAGCUGCGCGAGGCGGCGAUGGGAGCUCCGAGUGCAGCAUGGUGCGACGCUGGGCCCUGCACCCGCACCUAUGCGACGACCUCGACACCAUCUACCAGUCGAACCUCCUCUUUGACAAGUUCGAUGUGCAAUUUCUGUCGAGUCGGCAGGUUUGUACCGGGGGCUUCAACAACACCCUCUAUGCAAUGGACGUGGAGAGCAUCAGCGCCGACACCGCCAGCGACAUUCGCACCUUUCAGUUACUAAAGACAGACGGCAUUUCCGAAUUUCGCCGCACCACCGUAUCGGCGCACCGACUUGGCGAGGACCGCAUCAGCACUGAGCAAGGCCUUGGCUCACGCAUGACGCUCAUGUCGCGGCCAUGCAUGUCCAUGAGUGGGACGUGCGGGAUGAUGGUGGCGUGCGGGCAGGCGGUGCUGCAGUUCAGCUACAACGGGUUACCGAAGUGA